UCUGUGGAUGGAUAUACUGAACCGCACGUCCAGCCUAUCAAGUCAAGCAGCAGACAAAACAUCCCCCGAUGCAGAAACUCCAUUACAUCUACCAAUGAAGAGCAUCCUCACAUUGGAAAUUAUCGCUUACUGAAAACAAUAGGAAAAGGAAAUUUUGCCAAAGUGAAACUGGCAAGGCAUGUGCUUACUGGAAGAGAGGUUGCUGUGAAAAUAAUAGAUAAAACCCAGCUAAAUCCUACUAGUCUGCAAAAGUUGUUUCGAGAAGUACGAAUAAUGAAGAUACUGAAUCAUCCCAAUAUUGUAAAAUUAUUUGAAGUUAUUGAAACUGAAAAGACAUUGUAUUUGGUAAUGGAAUAUGCCAGUGGGGGAGAAGUGUUUGACUACCUAGUUGCACAUGGAAGAAUGAAAGAGAAAGAGGCUCGUGCAAAAUUCAGGCAGAUUGUAUCUGCUGUGCAGUACUGUCACCAGAAAUGCAUAGUUCAUCGUGAUCUUAAGGCAGAAAACCUUCUACUUGAUGCAGACAUGAACAUUAAAAUUGCAGACUUUGGUUUUAGUAACGAAUUUACAGUCGGUAAUAAACUGGACACCUUUUGUGGAAGCCCACCUUACGCCGCUCCUGAACUCUUCCAAGGAAAGAAAUACGAUGGUCCUGAAGUGGAUGUGUGGAGCCUUGGGGUGAUUUUGUACACGCUAGUAAGCGGAUCAUUGCCAUUCGAUGGUCAGAAUCUAAAGGAACUGAGGGAGCGAGUGCUGAGGGGGAAGUACCGCAUUCCAUUCUAUAUGUCCACAGACUGUGAAAAUCUACUUAAGAAGCUACUAGUACUGAAUCCAAUAAAGCGAGGCAGCUUGGAACAAAUUAUGAAGGAUCGGUGGAUGAAUGUUGGCCAUGAAGAAGAAGAACUAAAGCCAUAUACUGAGCCUGAACCAGAUUUUAAUGACACCAAGAGAAUAGACAUUAUGGUCACAAUGGGCUUUUCAAGAGAAGAAAUCCAUGAAUCUUUAGUAAACCAAAAAUACGAUGAAGUCAUGGCUACUUACCUGCUUCUAGGUAGAAAACCACCUGAAUUCGAAGGAGGCGAGUCCUUGUCCAGCAGCAACUUGGGUCAAAGGUCUCGUCCUAGCAGCGACCUCAACAACAGUUCUGUGCAGUCUCCUGCUCACCUGAAGGUCCAGCGGAGUAUAUCAACUAAUCAGAAACAGCGGCGGUUCAGUGAUCAUGUUGGUCCUUCAAUUCCUCCUGCUGUGUCAUACACGAAAAGGGCUCAGGCAAAUAGCGUGGAAAGUGAACAGAAAGAAGACUGGGACAAAGAUGUCUCACGCAAACUUAGCAGCACUACUGUGGGAUCCAAAGGAGAGAUGGCUGUGAGUCCACUUGUGGGUCCAGAAAGAAAGAAAUCAACUACAGUUCCUAGUAAUAACGUAUUUUCUGGUACUGGAAUGACAAGGAGGAACACUUAUGUUUGUGAACGUUCUUCAGAUCGGUAUUCUGCAAUACAGAAUGGGAAGGACAACAGCCUGACAGAAAUGUCUGCAAGUAGCACAUCUUCUGCAGGCUCUGCAGUGGUGUCUGCUGUAUCAACGCGGCCUCGGCAUCAGAAGUCCAUGUCUGCCUCUGGUCAUCCUAUAAAAGUUACACUGCCAACCAUCAAAGAUGGCACCGAAGGUUACCGACCAAGCAGUGCAACUCAAAGAGUGCCUGCUGCUUCCCCGUCUGCUCAUAGUAUUAGCACUACCACUCCAGACCGAACCCGCUUUCCUCGGGGGAGUUCAAGUCGAAGCACUUUCCAUGGUGAGCAGCUAAGGGAGCGGCGUAAUGCCACUUACAAUGGACCGCCCGCCUCACCAUCACAUGAAACCGGUGCUUUUGCACAUGCUAGAAGAGGGACAUCAACUGGUAUAAUAAGCAAGAUAACUUCCAAGUUUGUUCGCAGGGAUCCAAGUGAAGGCGAAGCCAGUGGCAGAACUGACACCUCAAGGAGUGUUUCUGGGGAGCCAAAAGACAGAGAGAAGGAGGAUGGCAAAGAUUCGAAGCCACGGUCCUUGCGGUUCACGUGGAGUAUGAAGACCACUAGUUCUAUGGACCCGAACGAUAUGAUGAGAGAGAUUCGGAAAGUGUUAGACGCUAAUAACUGUGAUUAUGAACAAAAAGAGAGGUUUUUGCUCUUCUGUGUUCACGGUGAUGCACGACAAGAUAGCCUUGUUCAGUGGGAGAUGGAAGUCUGCAAACUGCCACGAUUGUCGCUCAAUGGAGUUCGUUUCAAGAGAAUAUCUGGGACUUCUAUUGCAUUUAAGAACAUUGCAUCCAAGAUAGCCAACGAGCUUAAGCUGUAAAGAGAACCUGAAUUUUUUGGGAUCAGGGAAGAUUCGUAUAUGAUCUACACUUUGAAUGUACUGGUUACGCCUAAUGUGAUUGGCCUGUGAAACUCCCCGUGUAGAAAUUGCCCUUAUUGCAAUAAGGUUAUACAUAGUUAUUCAGAAUUGUAAAGUUAAAUCCAGUAUGACCUAUAUUAAAUAACUGUAGCUAAAGAAGUUAUGGUCACAUGUACAGGUAAGUAUAUAGAGCAUUCUGUUCAUUUUAUGUUCAUAGAGUUGUAUAAUAAAAAGAUGACUGCUUAAAUUCAGAUCUUGUAUAGUUGUCUAGAUUUCUGCACAGAAAUGUAUGUUUGAUGCUUUGAGUUGGAAAAGUCCUUCCCUAUCAUUUACAUUUUUGGUGGUUUUUAUAAGUCUUACCUCUAUCAUGCAUUUUUUUAAAAAACUCGUGUCCUGAGUCAAAUGCACAAAAAUAGCUUUCACAACUGUAGCGUGACCAUUUUAAUUAUUUAAAGCUUGUUCAUGGUUUGAACCAGAAGUCGAUGAAUAAUCGGCUUUUGUUCUACACAAGACUGUUCCUGCUUAUCUUUGGCUCUUAUCCUUGUUAUUGGACAGUGUUUAGUU